AUGAAAAACGUAAACAAAAUUAAAGUAAAUUGUUAUCGACAAACUCUCUACAACAUUUGCUUCAGGACACUACGUCUGAGCAGUCCAGGUUACGGAGACUUGAAUCACUUGAUAUCGCUCACAAUGUCGGGGGUGACCACGUGUUUGCGGUUCCCGGGACAGCUGAACGCCGAUCUGAGGAAGUUGGCCGUCAAUAUGGUCCCAUUCCCGAGACUGCACUUCUUCAUGCCUGGCUUCGCUCCUUUGACCGCAAGGAACUCCUUCAGCUUCCGUGCACAGACUGUCCCAGAGUUAAUGACACAGAUGUUCAACCCUGGUAAUAUGAUGACGGCUUGCGAUCCUCGUCACGGUAGAUAUUUGACAGUGGCCACCAUGUUCAGAGGCCAGAUGUCCAUGAAGGAGGUCGACGAUCAAAUACUAGCGAUACAGAAUAAGAAUUCGAGCUAUUUCGUGGAAUGGAUUCCGAAUAACCUCAAAGUGUCCGUCUGUGACGUCCCGCCGAGAGGACUCAAAAUGUCCGCGACCUUUGUCGGAAACUCGACCGCUAUUCAGGAGAUAUUUAAACGGAUAUCCGAACAAUUCACAGCCAUGUUCAAGAGACGGGCUUUCCUCCACUGGUACACCGGCGAGGGUAUGGACGAGAUGGAGUUCACAGAAGCCGCUAGCAACAUGAGCGACUUAAUAUCAGAAUACCAGCAGUAUCAGGAUGCACAUGUAGAUGAUGAAGAAGUCGGCUUUGAUGAAGAGGAAGAAGAGGAGGAAGAUCCAAAUUUCACAGACACCAAAGAAAUUUUGCAUUAAUGUUGCCCGAUUGUAAAUAAUAAAUAAAUUACAUUUGAAGUUAUUACAUAGGUGUUAUGAUAAUAUCGUUAUAAAUAAAUGACAUAAUUCUAAAAUCAAA